AUGACAGGACUGAACGUAGUAUCUAAUGUAGUAGUUCUUGGGACAGGCAGAGUUGGAAAAUCUGCGCUGACAGUCUGCUUCUUAACUAGAAGAUUCAUUGGAGAAUAUGGGGAUAUUGAAUCAAUCUUCAGCCACAAUGUUAUCGUGGAUGGAAGGGACAUAACAUUUAACAUCUGGGAUUCACCGUAUUAUCAGGACCUGUCCAGGGAGACCUCCCUAUAUGAGAAGAGAGUCCAGUGGGCAGACGGUUUUGUCCUGGUCUAUAGCAUCUGUGACAGGGCCAGCUUCAACGCUGUCACCAAGCUGAUCCAGUCCAUCAAGGACAACAAGGACUACCUGGGCAUGGACAAGGUGCCCAUUGUGAUCGUGGGCAACAAGAAGGACCUGAAUCACAGACGGACAGUCCUCAGUGAGGAGGGCAGACUGCUAGCCCUCACCACAGCCUGCCAGUUCUAUGAGGUUACAGCUGCUGAGAACUACCACAGUAUCCUCAUGGUGUUUCACGGACUAAUAGACAGGAUACGGGCUUCCAAGUCAUCCAUUAAGAGGCCAGCUGGAAUCAAGGGUAUAGUGAAAAGCAUGUCUGCAGUUUUUACCAGGAACCGAACAGAUUCGCUGUGAUACUAUGGCACAGAGAGGAAUACAUUAUACAGUGCAUUUGGAAAGUAUUUUGUAAUGUUACAGCCUUAUUCUAAAAUUGAUACAAUUAUUUCCCCCCCCCUCACAUCUACACACAAUACCCCAGAAUGACAAAGCGAAAAUAGAUUUUCAAAAAUGUCAAUGUAAAUACAGAAAUACCUUAUUUACAUAAGUACUCAGACCCUUUGCUAUGAGACUCGGUGCAUCCUGUUUCCAUUGAUCAUCCUUCAAUUGAUUGGCAAUGCAUGUCAGAGCAAAACCCAAGCAAUGAGGUAGAAGGAAAUGUCUGUAGAGGUGCUAGACAGGAUUGUGUUGAGGCACAGAGCUGGGAAAAGGUACCAACACAUUUCUGAAGCGUUGAAGGUCCCCCAAAACACAGUGGCCUCCAUCAUUCUUAAAUGAAGAAGUUUGGAUCCACCAAGACUCUUCCAAGAGCUGGCUGCCCGGCCAAAUUGAGCAAUCAGGGGAGAAGGGCAUUGGUCAGGGAGGUGACCAAGUACCUGAUGGUCACUCUGACAGAGCUCCAGAGUUCCUCUGUGGAGAUGGGAGAACCUUCCAGAAGGACAACCAUCUCUGCAGCACUCCACCAAUCAGGCCUUUAUGGUAGUGACCAGACGGAAGCCACUCCUCAGUAAAAAGGCACGUGACAGUCCGGUUGGAGAGUUUGCCAAAAGGCACCUAAAGGACUCAGACCAUGAGAAACAAGAUUAUCUGGUCUGAUGAAACCAAUAUUGAACUCUUUGGCCUGAAUGCCAAGCAUCACAUCUUGAGGAAACCUGGCACCAUCCCUACAGUGAAGCAUGCUGUAGGGAUGUUUUUCAGCUGCAGGAACUGGGAGUAGUCAGGAUCAAGGGAGAGAUGAACAGAGCAAAGUACAGAGAAAUCCUUGAUGAAAACCUGCUGAAUCCUUUCCGAAUGCACUGUAUUUUGUCAUCAAUUUAUGGGUCUGACAUGAUUGCUGUUUGCAACCUGUGCUCUGGCAUCAGGACAUGACUUGUGUGUGCCAAGAUCUCCAGAGACUGACUUAUGGUUCAGACAGGUUAAUGAAGGGCAGAAGCAAUGCAGGUGUGGAAAUGGAGAUUAGUACCCAAAGUUAUUGCUAUAGUUGUGGCUGGCUGUUGCAGGACAGGACUGACUUGGAUGGAGCAAACUGUCCACAGGGAUUGUAUAUUACUUACAAGGAAACAAUUCUUUACUGUAACUGUCCUAAAGCUGCUCCUUACACUGAAUACUUUUGCAAAUAAAUGCAUGUGAAUGUGAUGGCAGUACAAUUCUGUGGCUGUCUGGUAAAAGGUGCCAAAGUUGGCUCACAAAGAGCAAAAUGAUUUUAUGAAAUUACUAUUAUCUUCAACCUUCAUAGGGCAAGCACUUAAUUUAUUUCAUACACAAACAUCACCUUUUUUUGUACGCGAGUACUUUAAGAUGGGAGACAAGCAUCCAGGAAAUGAAUACAAUUGUAAUAUAUUGAAAUCAUUGUACUGUACAAAACACUUGA